CAACUUUUCAGUUUCCCGUCUGCAGCUUCAGCCAUCCACCUGCCAACACCGUGCAUCGACUGCACCCUAAAGCAUCAUUUUCACCUGCCUCCAAGAGGCAACGAAGCGACAAAAUGGCCUGGAGAAAUCAGGGAAUUACUGGUUCCAACAACAUCCCGUUGGGAAAGCGCAGAUUCGGCGGCGAGUCUAACGAGCCCGAAGCCCGAAGUGACAGCUUUUCCAACAACGGAGGCGAUCGCGAAUUGAAGCGCGGUCGCAGUCCCGAGCCUCGCACCGAGGCCGAUGGACCUCGUCGUCGCAAGAAGCGAAACCGAUGGGGCGACGCCAACGAGAACAAGGCCGCCGGCCUCAUGGGGCUGCCCACUGCCAUCGUCGCCAACAUGACCAGCGAGCAGCUCGAGGCAUACACCCUCCACCUGCGAAUCGAAGAGAUCAGCCAGAAGCUGAAGAUCGAUGAUGUCGUGCCUGCCGAUGGCGACAGAUCCCCGUCCCCUGCUCCGCAAUACGACAACCACGGUCGCCGUGUCAACACCAGAGAAUACCGAUACCGAAAGCGCCUGGAGGAUGAACGUCACAAACUCAUCGAGAAGGCGAUGAAGACCAUCCCGAACUACCACCCGCCGCAGGACUACAGACGGCCCACCAAGACCCAGGAGAAGGUCUAUGUGCCGGUCAAUGACUAUCCGGAAAUCAACUUCAUUGGCUUACUCAUCGGCCCUCGUGGCAACACUUUGAAGAAGAUGGAGACCGAAUCGGGUGCAAAAAUCGCCAUUCGUGGCAAGGGCUCCGUCAAGGAGGGCAAGGGUCGCUCCGAUGCAGCUCACGCCAGUAACCAGGAAGAGGACCUUCACUGCUUGAUCAUGGCCGACACCGAAGACAAGGUGAACAAGGCCAAGAAACUGAUCCACAAUGUCAUCGAAACCGCUGCUUCCAUUCCCGAGGGCCAAAACGAACUGAAGCGUAACCAGCUGCGUGAGCUCGCUGCUCUGAACGGAACCCUGCGUGACGAUGAAAACCAGGCUUGCCAGAACUGCGGUCAGAUCGGACACCGCAAGUAUGACUGCCCUGAGAAGCAGAACUUCACAGCCAGCAUCAUCUGUCGAGUGUGUGGCAACGCUGGCCACAUGGCGCGCGAUUGUCCUGACAGGCAGAGAGGCGCAAGCUGGCGCAAUGAUGGCCCACGGGCCGCCCAGGGACGGAUCGGCGGAGGUGGAGAAGACGACGCCGAUUACGAGCAAUUCAUGGCUGAACUCGGCGGCGGAACAGCACCCGCGCGUAUCGAGGCCGGACCUGGCUCCCACAGCAACGGUGAUGCCAAGCCGUGGCAGCGAGGACCUACAGGAGGACCUGCUCCCUGGCGAUCCCGCAACAACGACCGUGAUCACCACGAUGGCGGCGGAGGAGGUGGCGAGAGAGGCUCGGGCGGUCCUGCCCCGUGGGCUCGGGACCGACGUGAGCGGAACCAUGACCACCAUGGUGGUGAUAGCUACUAUGGUGGCGGCCAGAGCAAUGGCUAUGGCUCGGCAGCCCCAGGCACAGCGCCCUGGCACCAAGCUCCUGGUGGUCAAGGCGGCUACGGUGGGUCGGCGCCGCCCGGCACCGCUCCGUGGCAGCAAGCCCCUGGCGCCCCGCCGGCAUACGGUGGAUAUCCAGGCGGCUAUGGCGCGCCUCCAGGUCUUGGGGCACCACCUCCGCCUCCUGCACCGCCAGCUGAUAACCUCACGGCGUUGAUUCAGCAGUUCUCUGGAGGUGCAGCGCCUCCGCCACCUCCGCCGCCCCCGAGCGAGGGCGCACCGCCGCCGCCACCCAGCAACCAGCCUCCUCCUCCCCCACCGCCGGGUGCCUGAGGAACACACCAGCAGCGCAGCCAGCUUCGACUUGCGUCCCGCCACUGACACCAGGCCGAGAUACUUGGAUUCCAGUUUUAUUCGCUCGUCGUGCUCACCAGCAGGAAAUGCCGUUGGCAUCCCGCGGCCGCGUAGUUCCAGGGCAAUAAAGACUGACUGACUGACCGAACGAAUGGCACAAAUUGGGCCUCAAUGGUACUGACUGUAUGAUAGGCAGCUUCUACUAAUGCAAUAAAAAUCAUGUUUUGGUAGUUAAUGGCAUCUGUGUGGAAG